UGGCGUCAGACAAUUCAUUAAAAUUUAGUUAUAGCAUCGGAAGGCGGGAAUGUGUGGGACAUACGGGAAACAUAGACGGAGCAUUUAGUCACAUUUAGUGCCCGCGUCGUCUGUUGCCCUUUUCGGAAGUUUCCCAAGGAUUAAGUAGGGUCAAGAAUCGGACGAACUACAGACCGGCUCUCGGAGUAAAUUGUAUAAAUAGGCAGCCGGGCCCGGAUUCUCCUUACUUUCGUGUUUUCCCAUCCACUUAUGUAGAAGUGGUGUUCCUUACCUAGGUAGUCAGGCACCAACUCAUCAUCAUAAGAAGUCCCUCGAUCAAAGGACACCAUGGCACUCGAUGCAUUGGUCCCAAAUGACCCUAGGGUUGAACAUAAGUUCAUCUCCUUCGGGGAUAUUAAAUAUUAUUAUGUCCUAGCUAAACCGCAGGGCAAGCCGGCUGCCACUGUUCUUCUCCUCCACGGCUGGCCGGAUCUUAGUUACGGAUGGCGAUACCAAGUCCCUUACCUCCAGUCUCUAGGCUUGCAGGUUAUUGUCCCGGACAUGUUGGGAUAUGGGCAGACCUCUGCCCCCACGGCACUUGAGGAGUACACCCUCAAGAACAUGGCCGCCCAUAUGGCAGGCAUCAUCAAGGCUCAUAGCGAUGAACCUAUUAUCCUCGGUGGCCACGACUGGGGCGGGUUUUUCGUUUGGCGUGUGUACGCAUACUACCCCGAAUUGAUCCGCGGAAUCUUCAGUAUAUGCGUACCUUACAUGCCCCCAUCGCCAAUCAAAAUGUCCCUAGAGGAAAUCGUGAAAAAGUUACCCAAUUUCACGUAUCAACUCCAAUUCGCCAGUCCAGUCGGCGAGGCCAUCAUGAACAAAUCACCCGAGCGUAUCCGCGGUCUCAUGAACGGCUUCUUCGGCGGCAGAACACCAGACGGCAAAGGUCCCACCGCGAUCAACAUCGGCAUCGUCGAGGAAAACCUCGAGAACAUCGGACAAUCCCCCAUCGUCAGCGCUGCGGAUAUCGAUCAUUACGUUAAGGAGCACUCGCGCCAUGGGUUCAAUGGGCCCUUUAAUUGGUACCGCACGCGUGAUCUGAAUGGUGAUGACGAUGUUGCGCUGGCUAAGGAUACCGAGUUUAAGAUCAAGAUCCCGGCUGCGCUGGUUAUGGCGGAGAAGGAUAAGGCGUUGCCGCCUCGCUUGGCGGAUGGCCAGGAGAAGUACUUUGAGGCGGGCUUGAAGAAGGAUGUUAUUAUGGGUGCUGACCAUUGGCUUAUGGUUGAGCGACCUGAUGAGAUUAAUAAGUUCAUUGGGGAUUUUGUCAAGAGUGUUCUAGGAGAUGACCUCAAGGCUGCGUUGUAGAAGCUCCAGUAGAUCCGUAGCUGCAAAUACUACUAACAUUGGACACUAGUAGAUGAUUAUCUUGAAAUUGUAGUAUAGUGCGCGUAUUGUAUGGUUUGCUCGAUAUUCACGAUCAAUA